CUUUCUCUUCUAUUCAUUCUCCAUUCCCUCCCGCAUAUCGUUUCAUCUGCCCUAUUUUCAUCAGUUCUAGAUCAGCUAUGGCGGAAAUCGAGACGUUCGCCUUCCAGGCUGAAAUCAACCAGCUUUUGAGUCUUAUCAUCAACACUUUCUACAGCAACAAGGAGAUCUUUCUCCGUGAACUUAUCAGUAAUGCUUCUGAUGCUCUAGACAAAAUCCGUUUCGAGAGCUUGACUGACAAGACCAAGCUAGAUGGUCAACCUGAGCUUUUCGUUCACCUUGUCCCUGACAAAGUCAACAAAACCUUAACUAUCAUUGACAGUGGAAUUGGAAUGACAAAGGCUGAUUUGGUAAACAACCUUGGAACUAUAGCAAGGUCGGGUACUAAAGAGUUCAUGGAAGCUCUUUCUGCUGGUGCUGAUGUGAGUAUGAUUGGGCAAUUUGGUGUUGGGUUCUAUUCGGCUUACUUGGUUGCUGAGAAGACUAUUGUUACUACCAAGCACAACGAUGAUGAGCAGUACGUGUGGGAAUCUCAUGCUGGUGGUUCUUUCACAGUUACUAGAGAUACUUCUGGUGAGAACCUAGGCAGGGGUACCAAGAUUACGUUGUAUCUUAAAGAAGAUCAACUUGAAUAUCUUGAGGAGAGCAGACUGAAGGACUUGGUCAAGAAACAUUCCGAGUUUAUUAGUUAUCCAAUCUCUCUUUGGACUGAGAAGACUAUUGAGAAGGAGAUCUCUGAUGACGAGGAUGAAGAUGAGGAGAAGAAGGACGAGGAAGGAAAAGUAGAGGAAGUUGAUGAAGAAAAGGAGAAGGAUGAUAAAAAGAAGAAGACGAUCAAGGAGGUCUCUCACGAAUGGUCUUUGGUUAACAAGCAGAAGCCUAUCUGGAUGAGGAAGCCAGAAGAGAUCACUAAGGAAGAGUAUGGCGCCUUCUACAAGAGCUUAACCAAUGACUGGGAGGAGCAUCUUGCAGUUAAGCAUUUCUCUGUGGAAGGUCAAUUGGAGUUUAAGGCUGUUCUGUUUGUUCCAAAGAGAGCACCUUUUGACCUCUUUGAUAACAAGAAGAAGGCCAACAACAUCAAACUCUACGUUCGAAGAGUCUUCAUCAUGGACAACUGCGAGGAUCUGAUGCCCGAAUACCUCGGGUUUGUUAAGGGUAUCGUAGAUUCAGAGGACCUCCCGCUCAACAUUUCAAGAGAGACAUUACAGCAGAAUAAGAUCCUCAAGGUUAUCCGCAAGAACUUAGUGAAGAAAUGCCUUGAGCUAGUCUUCGAGAUUGCUGAGAACAAGGAAGACUACAACAAGUUUUACGAGUCAUUCUCAAAGAAUCUCAAACUGGGUAUCCACGAAGAUGCACAGAACAAGGCUAAGAUUGCUGAAUUACUUAGAUACCACUCGACAAAGAGUGGUGACGAGAUGACCAGCUUGAAGGAUUACGUAACCAGGAUGAAGGAAGGACAGAGCGAAAUCUAUUACAUAACCGGUGAAAGCAAGAAGGCUGUUGAAAACUCUCCCUUCCUGGAGAGGCUGAAGAAGAAGGGAUACGAGGUGCUAUUCAUGGUGGACGCCAUUGAUGAGUAUGCAGUGGGUCAGUUGAAGGAGUUUGAGGACAAGAAGUUGGUAUCAGCAACUAAGGAAGGUCUAAAGCUGGAAGAGAGCGAUGAUGAGAAAAAGAAGAAGGAAGAAUUAAAGGAGAAAUUUGAAGGACUUUGUAAGGUGAUGAAGGACGUGUUGGGCGAUAAGGUGGAGAAGGUUAUUGUAUCUGACCGUGUUGUGGACUCACCCUGCUGUUUGGUGACUGGUGAAUAUGGUUGGACGGCUAACAUGGAGAGGAUCAUGAAGGCUCAAGCUCUAAGGGACUCUAGCUCAGCUGGUUACAUGUCGAGCAAGAAGACUAUGGAGAUUAACCCGGAGAACACUAUCAUGGUGGAACUGAGGAAGAGGGCUGAGGUGGAUAAGAACGACAAAUCUGUGAAGGAUUUGGUUCUAUUGUUGUUCGAGACUUCACUUCUCACGUCUGGUUUUAGCCUCGAUGAGCCCAACACUUUCGGGAACAGGAUUCACAGGAUGCUGAAACUUGGUUUGAACAUUGAUGAUGAUGAAUCUGCUGAUGCUGAGGUUGACAUGCCUGCAUUGGAAGAUAUCGACGCUGAUGCCGAUGGCAGCAAGAUGGAGGAGGUAGACUAACUUGACGAACAUCGUCGUUGCAUUAUCUAUAUGUUCUGUUUUGGUUAUAAACUUGAGUUUUUAUUUACUUUUUGCCGGUAAUGGUUAAGUGUGUUCUUACUAGCACUAGUGGAGAACUGAUAUAUUUUUAUUGUGUUUUGUGACCUAUCUUUGUUUCAACUUUGGAGAAAGAUCUCUGCUUUUUUGGGUUAAUGGAAACUUUUUGACUGAA